AUGGUAGUGAGGGACUCUGCCCCUACUGACCCACUGAACCCCUUCUCCCAAGGAAUGAGUCCUAAUUCCUGCCACGGUAGUGAGGGAACUACCUCAACACCAGGAGCGGUGGAACGACAACACCAGGAGAAAGAGAAGACGCGGGCGACCAAACGGAAGAAGAGUCCAGAACAAAAGCAACCGAAGAAAAAAGAGAAACCGAAGAAGGAAAAGAAUCCGAAGCAGAAGAAAGCUAAGAUGACCCACCGCUGCUUUAAAUGUGGAGAGGAUUCUCCCGCGUCUCUGACAUGCUCUUACACCAGACCAUUCAUAUUGAUGGAGCGACCAUGUUCAAAACCAAGAAGGUUCACCGCUGCGAGAGAAACCCUUUCCAGUGCUCUGUGCGGGAAGAGAUUCGCUCAGAAAGGAAAUCUGAAAAUACACCAGAGUGUGCACAAAGGAGAAGUCAGGAAUCCCAGUUUCUGGCCUGACAUCGUGGAGAGGCUUCCUACAAUAGGUGUCCCAGACCAAUACCAUGACAACCACACAGCUAAGCCAAUAGGAGUCCCGGACCACUACCAUGACAACCACACAGCUAAGCCAAUAGGAGUCCCGGACCAAUACCAUGACAACCACACAGCUAAGCCAAUAGGAGUCCCGGACCACUACCAUGACAACCACACAGCUAAACCAAUAGGAGAGGAAUGCCAAACUCCAUCAACUCCAGAGGUACACAUGAGAACUCACACUGUGGAGAACCAGUCGAAUCCGCAGUGCCCUCUCUGCGGGGCAGAGUUCUCUCAGAGAGGCCUUCUGGAUGAUCACCUGAUGAUCGCCCACUCCCAUGAGAAACCAGAGAAGCCUUACCCCUGUCCACACUGUGGGAAGAGAUUCUCCAGCAAGAGUUACAUCAAGAUUCACCAGAAGAUCCACAGUGGGAAGAUUUCUUACCACUGCGCCCAGUGUGAUAAGACUUUCCUGUCAGCGGAGGGGCUCAAGAAGCACGAGAGCGCUCACCGAGGAGAGAGGCCGUACCGAUGCCCUGCGUGUGGCAAGUGUUUCAAACAGCAAUCCCAGCUGACCUGUCACUUCAAGAUCCACACCGGAGAGAGGAGCCAUCUCUGCUUCCUGUGUGGGAAGAGUUUCGCCAGAGAGUUUGACCUCCGGGUGCAUCUCAGAGUCCACUCUGGAGAGAAACCCUACCAGUGCCACGAGUGUGGCAAGAGCUACAGGUACAGAGCAGGCAUCCGGUCACACAUGCAGCAGAUGCACCCUGGGAAGCCUAUAGUGGAACCAACCCCACCCAUCCCCACGGGCCCACGCUACGGCGGUGGAGGAAGUGGUCCUCCUACAUCCCUCAUCAGAAAGGAUCCUGGUGACCAAUCCAGCCCCAAAGCUAUAGAGGCCCAGGGUCCUGAUACAAGCCAUGGCAGCAAGGCGUCCAGUCAAACGCCUCGGUUGAAGGCCAGAGCUGAAGAAGAGGAGGAGGAAGAGGAGGAAGAAGAAGAAGAGGUGAACGUUGAUGGUUCGGGUAAUUCUGAAGAAGACGACGCCAGUUGGAAACCUGCUCUUCGUCUUG